GCUUGGUGCUCCCUCUGCCCCAGCAUCUGUGCGGACGGCUUGUCCUUGGGUCCUCGGCCCGUUCCAGGCUGUCCCCACUGUGGAAAGAACCCGGGGGAAACAAUGGGCACCUGCCUGCAGGAGCCGCGGCGCUACGUGGAGAAGGACGGGCGGUGCAACGUGCAGCAGGGCCACGCGGGCGAGACGUACCGCUACCUGACCGACCUGUUCACCACGCUGGUGGACCUGCAGUGGCGCCUCAGCCUGCUCUUCUUCGUGCUGGCCUACGCGCUCACCUGGCUCUUCUUCGGCGCCAUCUGGUGGCUCAUCGCCUACGGCCGCGGCGACCUGGAGCACCUGGAGGACGCGGCCUGGACGCCCUGCGUCAACAACCUCAACGGCUUCGUGGCCGCCUUCCUCUUCUCCAUCGAGACGGAGACCACCAUCGGCUACGGGCACCGCGUCAUCACCGACCAGUGCCCUGAGGGCAUCGUGCUGCUGCUGCUGCAGGCCAUCCUGGGCUCCAUGGUGAACGCCUUCAUGGUGGGCUGCAUGUUCGUCAAGAUCUCGCAGCCCAACAAGCGCGCCGCCACGCUCGUCUUCUUGGUGUCCCUGCGCGACGGCCGCCUCUGCCUCAUGUUCCGCGUGGGCGACCUGCGCUCCUCGCACAUCGUGGAGGCCUCCAUCCGCGCCAAGCUCAUCCGCUCGCGCCAGACGCAGGAGGGCGAGUUCAUCCCGCUGCACCAGACCGACCUGAGCGUGGGCUUCGACACGGGCGACGACCGCCUCUUCCUCGUGUCGCCGCUCGUCAUCAGCCACGAGNNNNUGGUGAGCUCUCGAUUCUGGGAGGCAAGAGAGAGAAGCCUGGGGCUGGGAUCCCUCUGACCCAUGCCCUUCCCCCCAGGAAUGACAUGCCAAGCUCGGAGCUCCUACCUGGUGGACGAGGUGCUGUGGGGCCACCGCUUCACAUCAGUGCUGACCCUGGAGGACGGCUUCUACGAGGUGGACUAUGCCAGCUUCCACCAGACUUUUGAGGUGCCCACACCCUCAUGCAGUGCCCGGGAGCUGGCCGAGGCAGAGGCCCGCCUUGAUGCCCAUCUCUACUGGUCUAUACCCAGCCGGCUGGAUGAGAGAGUGGAGGAAGAGGGGGCAAGGGAGGGGGCAGGGGAGGAGGCAGAGGGAGAGGCUGGGGCUGACAAGGGGAAGAAUGGCUGCCUGCCCCCACCAGAGAGUGAGUCUAAGGUGUGACCAGUUUUGCAGACCCCUGUGGCAGGAUCAGACACAGGUACCUAGGGCGCUGGAUAGUGGAGGUGGAGGAGUCUGGUGAGGUGCCUGGGGACGUGCUAAGGCUGGAGGGGCCCCUCAGAAUCUCGAGUCCAGGAUCCAAUGUGGAAGGAGGCAUCCUGAUAUCAAGAGAAUGGAGAGCAGGGAGCGUGAACUGACCAGCCUGUUGUGUUUGACCUUCACAUCUGCUCAUGGGUGUAUGGAUGGACAGAAGGAUGGACUUAUGUGGAUUGGAUGGGAAGGUGGAAGCAGACAGGGAGACAGCUAGUGGAUAGGUAAGAGGACCGACAGACAGGUGGUACACUCAGGGCUGCUGCUAACCCACUGAGCAUCUUUGUACAAAUUCUAAACAGGCACCCUUUUCCUCCAGACUGACACCACCCCAAACCAGGGUGAGUGGCCUGGGGCACAGAACGUGGGCUGGAUCUUAGCCUGCACUCACCUCCUCAGCCUGCUUCCCUGUGCCUGGCACACCUGUCUCACCAGAUACAGUAGCCCAGCUGACCCAGAGGAGAGAAAGCUGGAUGGAGGUGGGCAGAGCUGAGGAGGCUGCCCUCCCAGCUCCACCCCUACCCCUGUGGCAGGCUGAAUGGGAGGAUGAGGGGCUGUAGGAGUGGCCCAGCAGGUGUGAAUGGCUUUGUCUGUUGCACAGGGAAGCAAGAAGUAGGGAGCUACCAGAGCUGGGGCCCUGGCAAAGGAGUGAAAUGUCAUAAACACCUCGGCGAUGGUGGAGGGCAGAGAGGGUUCUGAGGAGGAAGAGGUCAGGGAGGGAUUGAGGUGAGCUCACUAGAGCUGGGACACGGGGGCCCUUGGGAAAGCAGAAUUAGUGAGAAGGAGUCACUCAUACCAUCCAUCGGGUGUCCUUUGGGCAUAGAACACUGAACUGGGCACACGGGGAUGGACAGUCCCAGACCCAUUUCCUAUCUCGGAAUAUAGUGCGCCAGGGAAAACAGAAGUACUCCCACGGCAACUGUUUCAAAGGGAGAGCCUGAGCAGUCUCUGGGCAGGGGUAGAAGGGUUUGGUAAUCUGAAAGCUGGGGGUUGAGCAAGGCACGGAGAAUGUCUAAGCCAUCAGCUGUAAUGCUUGAGUGUGCAUCAGAGUCACCUGAAGGGCUGUGGAAACUGACUGUGGCCCCACUCCCAGAGCUUCUGACUCAAUGGGUCUGAGGCGGAGACCAAACAUUUUCAUGCCUAACAAGUUCCCGGGUCACGCUGACACGGCUGGAAUGCGGACCACAGUUGGAGGGCUCCUGCUCUAAGCGAAGACCUGGAGAUGGAGGACACAAGCUGAGGAGAAGCUGGGGGAUCUUGGGGUGGAGACUGAGAUAUACAGAGUGGAGUCUUGUGUGGGGAGAGGUACCCCGAAACCCAGGCUGAUGAGUUUAACUCUGGGCCCAGGAACUCCCCCAUCCGUGGAAACUGGGAGUGACAGCUAGAGACAGUGUUUGGGGAAGAUAAGCAGGCAUUUCAGAUAGGAGGAGGCAGUAGCGGCCCUGAGGGGAUUCCUGGGGAGGUGGUGGGGAGCUGCAGCAGGAAGUGGCAAAGGAGGGAACCCCCUGGGCAUUCUUACUUUCCCAGUAGCAUCUUCGCUGCAAGCAUUUUGGCCGCAUACCUGAUUGGCUAUAAGCUGAUUGGCUAUAAAGCAAUUCUGCCAUUAAAAAGAAGGAGACUAAAGGGCAGAGAGGAUACAUGGUGAUGGAAAAAAAUAAAAGACUUUAUUGCAAAAUA